AUGUGUCCCCUGGGCUGGCUCGUGGCCACCCUGUGCUUGGGGACACUUUGGGCUGUCCCAGCCAAGGAGAGGAGGAAGGUGGAGAAGCCCAAGGCUGACCUGACCCUCUAUGAAAACCUGGAUUUGGAAAACUACGACCUGACCGUGGAUAACUACGGGGACAUCCUGGACCUGAGCAACUACGAGGAGCUCUACGACUACGGGGACCUUGUCCCGAAGAUCGAGGUUGGCACCUUGGCUCCUCGCCCCAAGGACCCCAAAACCCUCCCGGAGCUGGGAGAAACCACGGCUGGAACCCCAAAACUGCCGCCCCCGGGCGGCGCUGGCCCCGAGCCCCCGGCGCCCAUCCCCGGGCAGGCGCUGCCCUGCUGCCUGCUGUGCCUGUGCCUCGGCUCCUCCGUGUACUGCGACGACGCGGGGCUGGAGCAGCUGCCGGCGCUGCCCCCGCACACCGAGUACCUGUACGGCCGCUUCAACCGCAUCGGCGCCCUGCGCGCCCGCGACUUCGCCGGGCUCGUUUGA